AAGUCCAUUCCUAUUUAACUCUUUGAUUAACCUUAAUUACGUUCCCUCUUUUUCUCUUUCUCUCCUUUUCUACUCUUUGUUUGUAUUCAACUGGCAAUUGCUGUUGCUCUCUCUCUCUCUCUCUCUCUCUCUGUUGAAUUGUUGCAAAUGGCCGAGAGAAUAGCUAGCCGUGGAGAGUGAAUGAAGGACUCCGUAUUCAGUGUCUGGAAUUGUACGGGUAUUUGAGAUUAAUGGUACUUCCAGUAGUAACUUCGCAAUCCUGAUGUCUUUAUAAAUACUCUCAGCGCUUCUCACAAGCAGUUAAAGAAUGGAUAGAGCAGACACAUCUGGCUUUGUGAGUGGUGGAGGUAGCUUGUAUGUCCGUGUUUUUUUCAUUUUGAUCUAUGGAUUAUCGUACUAGUGUAUCAUAGUCUCUUAUGCUGCCACUUCAUUCCUUGGAAAUAGUAAGGUAUUUUUGUUAAUAAGAUCAAGAACGACAUGCAUCCUUCCUUCUACUCUGACUUCGUUAAGAACUGUAAUGGCGGAGAUACUACUCUACGGUUGAAUGGCUUUGGUUAUGGGUCAACUGAAGCUUCCAUAUUUGGAAGCAGUCAUAUGAAUGGCGGUGGUCAUAAUUGCACAAAUAAUCCGGAUGAUGCAUGCAAGUUAGUACUUGGACUGGGACCGACACCCAGUUCAUAUUCUGAUAACUACUCGCUUCCUAAGGAUGAUAGUACCAAAGGUCUUGCACCUGUACAUACUUCAGGCCUAUCCUCGGAACAUAAUUCGAUGUUGAAGCUUGGGCUUUCUGGAAUCGCUGAUGUAGAUUCUGAUGCACUCGAGGUUCCAGCUUCAACCCAGCCUCGUUUUGAUACAUCGUAUCAGCUUAACCACUUAUCCUCACAUGGUGAUGAGGGUUCUACAUCAUGCAAGAAAUCAGGUGGCUAUAUGAGGAGCCUUAUUAUGGCCCCAAGAAAGGAAGAUGCCAACAGUUUAUUGCCAAAAAAUAAAAUUGCAGAACUUGGUGCAAAAUCUAAUUGCCAACUUUCUCAGCUGAGUUCUGAACCUUCAUCUGUCUCUGAUCACUCCAUGAGUGCCAUAUCUGAGCCUGGAAGUGCUUCGGAAUCAUCAAAUCUCAGAGGUACAAAUUCAAGAAGAUGUAAGUUCGAUGGAUGUAUAAAAGGAGCACGAGGGGCAACAGGUCUGUGCAUUGGCCAUGGGGGCGGGCAGAGAUGCCAAAAGCCUGGAUGCAGCAAAGGUGCAGAAAGCCGAACAGCCUUCUGCAAAGCACACGGAGGAGGGAGACGGUGUCAGCAGCUUGGAUGCACCAAAAGUGCUGAGGGGAAGACGGACUACUGCAUUGCACAUGGUGGGGGGAAACGUUGUGGAUUUUCCGGGGGGUGCACUAAAGCAGCACGGGGGAAAUCUGGCCUUUGCAUCAAGCAUGGUGGGGGUAAGAGGUGUAAGGUGGAAGGCUGCACUCGAAGUGCUGAGGGACAGGUCGGUCUGUGCAUCUCUCAUGGUGGUGGGCGACGCUGUCAAGUCACUGGCUGUGCUAAAGGCGCGCAGGGGAGCACCAUGUUCUGCAAAGCUCAUGGUGGCGGAAAGAGAUGCAUAUUCGCAGGCUGCACAAAAGGUGCUGAAGGGAGCACACCCCUCUGCAAGGGGCACGGUGGUGGGAAGCGCUGCAUGUUUGAUGGAGGCGGGAUCUGCCCGAAGAGUGUGCAUGGAGGUACAAGCUUCUGUGUUGCUCAUGGCGGAGGGAAGAGGUGUUCUGUUCCCGGCUGCACCAAGAGCGCCCGUGGCAGGACUGAUUGCUGCGUCAAACAUGGAGGGGGGAAGCGGUGCAAGGUUGAAAACUGUGGGAAGAGUGCUCAGGGUAGCACUGACUUCUGCAAGGCCCACGGUGGCGGGAAGAGGUGCAAUUGGGGGGAGGGGAAGUGUGAGAAGUUUGCAAGGGGAAAGAGUAGUCUGUGUGCUGCACACUGCAGCCUGGUCCGGGGGCGGGAGACGAGCAAAGGAGGGAUGAUAGGAGCAGGGCUCUUCCAUGGGUUGGUGCCUACGUUCAGCACGCGUUCCUCAUCCGGUGUGAGCGUGGUAACGGACUCAAUCAACUCAGUCGAGAGGGCGGCCAAGCGGCAGCGACUCAUCCCCCCUCAGGUAUUGGUUCCUUUGUCGAUGAAGGCCUCAACGCUCCAAAGGAGCGUCGAUGCACCAAAGAGCUUUGAUUUUGCAGUUCCUGAGGGCAGAGUGCAUGGUGGUGGUCUCCUUUCGUUGCUUGGUGGAGACCUUAAUACUGCCAUAACUGGGGUUUGAAGCUUAUUUUGUCUCCAUCAACUUCUUAUUCUGAUUUGUAUAAAUUAUUGAAUAACAUCUACCCCUAUGUAAUGUGUGAUGUGUCUUGUAUGUUGGUGUAAGAGGAAUGCUAUUUUUUGAAAGUUAAAUAAAACUUGUAAUUAUGCUGAAGAAAAUGAAAUAAAUGUUUUCUUCCGA